GGGCCGGGCUCGCUGCGGGAGCCGGGGAGACGCGUGGAUGGGCAGCUCCGCUCCGCGCCGGGACCAGCCGCGGCCCCCCAGUCCUAGCAAGAGACUGGCCAAGUGGAUCUGAAACCGCUCUCGUGCCCAUGGAUGGGAGGCUCAGAUCAGACUUGCUAAACUGGAGGUAGACUCCCUGCUUGUGGAUCAAGAAUUGAACUUCUUAUCUAAGCGUCUAUCACUAACAGAGGUCAAAAGAGUUGAAAAGAUGGAAUGAAUUAGAGUAACUUCUAAAUAAGUGCAGUAACAACAGUGCAUCUAUAGGUACCCCUUCUUACUUGCUGAGACAAAAUAUUUCUGGAAGUGCCUUCUCUGGAAGCUGCUCUUUCCAGAAAUGACAUUUCAAUGCCAGUUUAUCAGCAUAACCAGUGCACCUGCUGUGGCAGAGUAGGAAGUGCUUCUGGAACUGAUGUAGGUCUUAAGGAGGAACUUUGCAUCACUACAGGUGCAAUGUAAUCUUAUGGGUUAGUGCCUUGGAAACCAGCAACAGAACUACUGUGUUCAAAAUGGUUUAUGGUGAAUUUUUCCAUAGACCUGGGAAAGAUGAGGAACUUAUCCACUUGAAUGUGGGUGGCUUUAAGCAAUCAGUUGAUCAAAGUACUUUGCUCCGAUUUCCCCAGACCAGACUUGGAAAACUGCUCAAAUGCCGUUCUGAAGAGGCCAUCCUGGAACUGUGUGAUGAUUACAGUGAUGCAGACAAGGAAUAUUACUUUGAUAGGAACCCUUCUUUGUUUAGAUAUGUUUUGAAUUUUUACUAUACAGGUAAACUGCAUGUCAUGGAGGAACUUUGUAUCUUCUCCUUCUGUCAGGAAAUAGAGUACUGGGGGAUCAACGAGCUGUUCAUUGAUUCUUGCUGUAGCAAUAGGUAUCAAGAAAAAAAAGAAGACAGUCAAGAUAAGGACUGGGAUCAGAAAAGCAACGACAGAAGUAUAGACUCUUCCAAUGAAGAAUCAUCCAUAUUUGAUAAAGAGCUGGAGAAAUUUGAUAAACUGUGGCUUGGUGAAAUACGAAAGAAAGUAUGGAUCAGAAUGGAAAACCCUGGGUACUGCUUAUCAGCCAAGUUAAUUGCAAUUUCCUCCCUGAGCGUAGUGCUAGCAUCAAUUGUAGCCAUGUGCAUCCACAGCAUGCCAGAGUUCCAAAGGUGGGAUGCCAAUGACAGAGAGAUUGAGGACCCUGUUUUGGAAGCCGUGGAGAUAGCGUGCAUCGUCUGGUUCACCGUUGAGUUAGUGAUAAGGCUCGCCGCAGCUCCAAGUCUAAAGAAGUUCUGGAAAAACCCUCUGAAUGUCAUAGAUCUUGUCUCUAUUAUUCCAUUUUAUGCUACCUUGGCUGUGGACACAAAGGAAGAAGAAAGCGAAGACAUUGAGAAUAUGGGGAAAGUGGUUCAGAUCCUACGGCUAAUGAGGAUAUUUCGCAUCCUGAAACUGGCAAGGCACUCUGUAGGACUGCGGUCUUUAGGUGCCACUUUGAGACACAGUUACCAUGAAGUUGGACUUUUGCUUUUGUUUCUGUCUGUCGGGAUUUCUAUAUUCUCAGUUUUGGUCUACUCAGUGGAAAAAGAUGACAAUGAGUCAGAACUGCACAGCAUCCCGGUCUGCUGGUGGUGGGCAACUAUCAGCAUGACCACUGUCGGCUAUGGAGACACUUUCCCAGUCACCUUACUGGGAAAGUUCAUUGGUAGCAUUUGUAUUCUCUGUGGAAUAUUAGUGGUGGCCCUUCCAAUCACUAUAAUUUUCAACAAGUUUUCUAAAUACUAUCAAAAGCAAAAGGAUAUUGAUGUAGACCAGUCCAACAAUGAUCACAAAGAGAAAUGUAAUGAGCUACCUUAUUUUAACAUUAGGGAUAUUUAUGCAAAAAGGAUGCACUCCUUCAUUUCUAGCCUUUCUUCAGUAGGGAUUAUAGCCAGCGAUCAAGAUUCAACAGACGCCUCCAGCAUCCAAGAUAUUGAGGAUGUUUAUAACAUGACAUCUGUAGAGAAUGAAGAUGAGGUGCUAAUUCUGCAUGUCUGGACUAUGGAACUUCAGCAAAACCAGGUGGCUCCUUGAUCUCUACAGCCUGCAGCACCUCCACAGCCACCACACUGCAGCAGGAGCCUUGAUCAAUGAACUUUCACGGACAAUUCCAAAAUGAAGCAUUUCUCUGAUGAACUUAUGGCUGAAGUUCUGGACAGGGCCUAGAGGCAGGUCCAGUUCCAAAAACAGAGGGACUUGUGGCUAGAGGAAAGUUAUGGCAAGAGGAGAGGCUCAGAAUGGCUGCACAGAUUGAGGACAGGGUUUCAGCACAAGAGCAGGCAUUUGUUUCGCAGUUCCUGGAACAGGAAUGGCAGCUAAAGGAGGAUGACAGAGCUCAUCAGAAAGAACAGUCUGAGCAGGUGCUAUCAAUAAUGUCCACAAAAGUACUGGCUUCUGCUGCAUCACCCACACCACGGCCUGAGUCCCCUCUGUGAUCCCCUGUGCUGAAGUCCAGAAACAGCUUGGGCCAUUCCAUGGCUGAGUGGCCCAUGCAGUCAGCUCCUCUGAGCAACUGGGCAGAGCAGCUUUGCCCUAUGAAGUCCUCCAUGUCGACCCCCUGCCCAGUGGUUGCUUCCACCCCAAUUCCUCAGUGCCAAGUGUGCAGCAAAUGUGGAAGAAAAGGAAAGAAGAACAGUGGGCCAGGGGACAUACCACAGUAGGGAAUUUCUGUCUUGAACAUAGUUUCACUGUUUGUGCUUGUUCGUGCACUUUUUUGUCAGGUUUUGUCGUGACAGGUGUUUUGGUGUGGUAAUGGCAGCUGGCCUGCCA